UUACUCAACACAUAACGAGAAUGAGAUAUAUCAAAAGAAAUCCUAAGGUGCACCAUACCUAGAUAUAGAUUAGCCUGCAAAAAAAGAAUCUCUCUAUCCCUAUCCUUUCGUUUUCUUUCUUUACUUUUCUUUUCUUUUCUUUUUUUUUUCUUCUCUCCGACUGAAUAAUCUAGGCAUUGAUGACAUUGACGGUAAUAACCACUUUAUUUAUUAUUCCUUUGUGAAUUAGCAGACAACCCACUAAAACCCAAUCUUGUUACUUUCAUCACUACUCUCAACUUACCUUUUUCUUCUUUCUUCUUUCUUUUUUACGUGUCCAUAGCUAGUAUUUCUAAUUAUGAGAAAAAGUAGAUAGAGAGAGAGGAAAAUAUGGAAGAUGAAGAUUACAAUAUACCAUCAUUAUCUGCUAAGGAUUACUAUGAUAAUCUAAGAAAGUUGUCUCCAGAACCAGAUAUAGUAGCAGUGGAAGAAGGAGAAGAAGAUAAUAAUAAUAAUAAUAAUAAAGAUGAUAGUAAAAUUAACAAGAACCCUGUUGUUGUACCAACAAGUUUGUGUUUGGAGAUAGUGGAAUUAAAAGAAGAAGAAGAGAAUAGGAGUACUACUCUUACAGUUACAAACAACCAUGUGGCUGAGGGGAGAAACGACGACGUUUAUGUUGCCGUGGGUAAGGAUGACUGUGAUGUUGUGAAAUGGACACUAAACUACGUCGUUUCUUCUGCUGCUCGCCUUUAUCUCCUCCAUGUUUAUCCUCCUGUCACUUACAUCCCUACACCUGUUGGGAACUUGGCAAGAAGUCAGUUGGCCAAAGAACAAGUGAGGUUUUACUUAAAUGAAGAGGAGAAUAAGAGGAGGAACAUGUUGAAAAAGUACAUUGAUUUGUGCAAUGAUGCUAAGGUACCUGUUGACACAGUACUAGUUGAGCACAAUUCAACAGCAAAAGCAAUUGUUGAUCUCAUUCCUAUACAUAACAUUAACUAUCUGGUUAUAGGGAAAAAGCUACCUAAUUUGAGGAUAUUGAAGAAAAAAGUAUCUAAAGGAGAAUAUGUGAAGAAGAAUGCCCCUGAAUUUUGUCAAGUAACCAUUGUUAGUAAUGAAACAAGACUUAUCCAUUCAACUAAUCAACAGGCAUCAUCAAGUGAUCCAGGGAGAUCUAAUCAUCAUAUUAAUGGCCACCCUGAAAGAAACUUGUUUAUGUGUGCAUGUUUUUCAGCAUGUUUAAGGUGAAAUGGAGGCCUUAAACUUGCAAAAAUGCAACAAAUGGAAUGGUGGAUCGAUUUCCUACAAUGAGGAACACUGGUAAUAUGGUAAAGAACUUGGACCUAGAAAGAAAGAAUAUAUGACAUCAUAAAGAGGUGAUGAAAAGUCCAUCACUUGACCAAGGCUACAAGAAGAAUGGAAGAAGGGGUGAUAAGUCAUGUGAUUCAUGUGUCAACCUAACUAUAAGUGUGUCAGAUUUGAAUUGACUUCCCUAUAACCUAAUUAAUGAAAUUUGUCAUUUUGAUGAGUGUAAAAAUGUACUAAAUAAUAUAAUGAUUAGUUAACCUAAA